AUGGCAUCUUCAACCGUUAGCGUGCUCCUCAUCCUGGGACUUCUGGGUCUGGGUGGAGCCUUUGAUAUUCAACAUUUUACCAGUGGAUCCUUGUCGCUUUAUAAUGCCACAACGGUGCCCCCCAAUUUGGUCGCUGUCAUAGAGUCGGAGAUCGAUGGAAACUGGGCAAGGAGCCCCAUCGUCCUUAAAUGGGCGGACCAAGCGCAGACACAGGAGCUAAGGGAUGCAAUUUACACAGCUCUUUGGGAGCAGCUUUGGCGGAUGAAGCACAUUGACAAUGCCGCAGAUAUUCUAAACCUGUACGAUGAGCUAACUUGGAGAGCCGAUGUGCCCUUGGAGGACCAAGCGAAGAAAUGGGAGCUCCAUGAUAAUAUUCUCAGCGCCCUAUGGAACACUACUCAGCGGAACGAUACCAUAAAACUCUCCAAUCUUUACAGUCAGUUUUCUAGACGCAAGGAUGUGCCUUCCAGUUGGUUCCUCUUAAUUAACCAGACGAUUAUUGAUCGCUGUGUCCUCCUAUUCGAGGCUCAAUUGUACUCAGCAAAACCUAAAGAGACUUUUUCGUGGAUCAACCUUUACUGUCUGGCCGUGACUUCGCCUCAACCUUUGGAAGACAUACUGCAAGUCCUUUUCGACACUGUUCUGGUCAUGGAAACUCCCUCGAGUGUGGCAAAACGACUUGAGAACUUCAACAGCAGUUUGACCCUGCAGACCCAGGCUAAUCUGAAACUAUUCGAAAGGGUGGUGGAGACAGGAAAAGCUGAUAUUCCAGCGCUUCAAGCCCUGCAAAAUAACCUCAGAAGUUUACUGGAGAAUCCCCGUUUCGACAAGGAUGUAGAUGGAUCACUAAGAGCACAGGUAUAUGCGCGCCUCUCCAAGGAGGAGCAACUGCUAUACACCGCCCGGAAGAUAUGCAUCCGCAAUGUGACUGCUGGGUCUCUCUACAUGCACGAGUGCCCGCGGACCUUGUUAAUGUGCAACAAUUACCAGAGGAGCGUCAGGGCUCCAUUUUCCGUGCAACGUUUGCUCACCAACGACAGCCGGCCGCAGUUCGCCUUUUACAGUGAUUACUGGAAACGCUAUCUAGUUCUUAACAAGAAUGUUCAAACUCCGACCAAUGCCAGCAUCACCAAAGACGUGUACAGUCAGACCUAUUUUUCCUGGUGGCGAGUGGUGUACGGUAAUGGUGGUAUCUCCCUGUUCGAUUCAGAAACCGAAAACUCCGUUGUGUGCGCUGGAGAUCCCUCUCAAACAGUUGGAGGUGAGGUCCAGGUCUAUACACGAAAGGCUGCUGAGUUCCAGACCCAUCAGAGGGAAUGUACCUGGAGCCUGGAGGACUGCAGCUUUGUUUAA